AUGGAGGACAAAACCAAAUCUUCAGUCGGAACGGACGCCGGAUUCUGCGGCGUCGCCCCCCUGCACCCUCCGAGCUACGGCUGGCAGCCCAGUCUGCUCUACAACCAGCACUUCGGCCAGCCCCCGUUCAUCGAUUUCAGAGACCUGAGCUGGAUGGAGAGCGUAUUUAGGAAGCUCUGGACGUCCUCCUGGUCCGGGUACACCCGCUCGGUGGAGUUCACCCCACAGCCAGGGCUGAAGAUCCACCGGGAGAUGGGCGGAGGCGUUUCGGAGGUCACCACCCAGCAGUGCAAGUGGAGAGUGAGUCUGGACGUGAAUCAUUUCGCUCCGUCGGAGAUCACGAUCAGAACUCAUGACGGAUUUUUGGUGGUUGGAGGAACACAUGACGAGAGGCAGGACGAGCACGGGUACAUCUCUAGGUCCUUCGUAAGGAAAUACAAGCUUCCUGAUGGAAUCGAAGCAACAAGUAUUCACUCAUUCAUUACUGGAGAUGGAGUUCUCACCGUUGAGGUUCCGUUACCAGACCUCCCACCAGCGGCUGAUACAACCAUCUCAGUCCAGGUGGAGAUGGAGGCACCGAAACUGGAAGACCAGAAAUUAGAUGAGCGGCGCCGGCCCGGGGUAACGGAGCGAGACGUGGUCACCGGUCCGUUCGCAGAGAAGCCCGACGUGGGUGCUCGGCCCGUGGGUGCUGACGAGAGGAUCCGUUGGAUAGACGGAGCUCCUGAGGAUCUGAGGGAUCAGGAACGUGUGGACGCAGCGGAGGAAGCUGCCGUGAUCCAGGAGGAAGAUAAAAAGAGGAAGGAGGAAGAGCAGAAGAUGGAGGAAGGUGCUGAAGAAAGAGUUGAUUCAGUAGGAGUCACUGACAAGGUUCCAGAUUUGCCAGAAGAACCUAAAACACCUACAGCUCCCGAAGAACCUGAAGCUCCUCGACCUUCAGAUAUGGCGACACCCGAAGGAGACAGAAGGAUUCUGGAAGAGGAGAAGGAAAGAGAGAUCCAGGAACAAGAAGACCAAAGACCGGUCCAGGAACCAGAACCAGUGGACGGAGAGCCGAGACGUGUGAAACCUGAGGAGGAGCAGCCCGUCCCUGUACAAACCCAGGAGGAGAUCCAACCUCAGCUGGACAUCACUGAGCAAAGAGCAAUCGAGCAUAUGAAGAAAUCUGAGUAACGUUCUCUGAUCGAUUAAAGUAGAGUCUGUUUGAUCACUUACUAUUAAUGAGAGUUGUGUAAGAAAUGUAGUUUGUUGUAACACACACCCUUGUGGUACUAAUAAA